AUGAAUCAGACGUCUUCAGAUAAGUAUACACUGGAAGGUACACCAUCGCAACCACAUCGAUCCCGGCAAUCUCUGCAACUACAAGUUGGCGGUGAAAAUGUCAAACCAUCCCAAUCUGUUACUUUCGGUGAUUUGGAUAAUCAAGAGAAAUCCCGUAGGUUCACUAUCUCAUCACAACCAUCAUCGAUCAACCUAGCAAAUCCGCAAAUUUCUGGGUCUUUGCCCCCUUCCAGAAAAACAUCGUUACAAGGGAAUCCUAAUAUAACUAGUUCCAGUAGAAACAGUUCUACGGCAAGUGAAAUAUUCCAAUUCUUUGCAAAUAACCAGACCUAUGCUGUAAAACCUCAACAGCAAGUUUCCACAAGCACUACACAGGGACAUAUCACACCAAGCAAUCAAUCCUCGAGAGUUAACUCGCCGGUAUUGGAAACACCUCCGCAUCUUAAAAAGGGAUAUACAAUCGAUAGCUCCAGUCAUAAACCUACCAGGCUUAGUUCUCCCUCACCUCCUCCAUUAUCGCAAGCUAAUUUUUCAUCACAGCAGUCAUUUCAACAAGCACCACAUCCAAUUAAUAUUACCAAUACUAACAACCCCCCUCGCGGAUCUAGUAGUACAAAAAAAUCUUCGAAGACUGUAGUUGCAUCACCCAGUGGUCCUCCAGUUCCAUUUCAACAGUAUUUGACUAAAUCAGAUGAUGAGAAGAUUCAUAUAUUGCUAGGAUGCACAGGAUCGGUGGCAACUAUCAAAGUUCCCAUGAUUAUAGAUAAAUUGUUUAAUAUCUAUGGAAAGUCAAAAAUAUCAAUUCAGUUAGUAGUAACUAGAUCGGCUACGCAUUUCUUGAAAGGAUUGAAGAUCCAUAGUGAUGUCAAAAUUUGGAGAGAUGAAGACGAAUGGGCAAAUUAUAAUGAACAUAGCAUUACGACUACAACUCUCUCAACCAAUAAUAUAUCGGCGUCUAAAAAGCCUAAGAAUCCAUUUGAUAACUUGAUUUUACAUAACGAAUUAAGAAAAUGGGCUGAUAUCUUUUUAAUUGCCCCUCUUUCAGCAAAUACCUUAGCUAAAAUUACUAAUGGGAUUGCCGACAAUUUGUUAACAUCAAUCAUUAGGUCGUGGAGUCCUAUUAGUACGACAGUGACUAACACCAACGUCAAUAAGAAUUCAGUAAAUGUGAAAAAGCCGAUAUUAGUGGCACCUGCCAUGAAUACACAUAUGUACAUUCACCCAAUUACUGCGAAACAACUUUUAUUAUUGUCGUCACCAGAGUAUGGUUUUGGUAUUGAAGUAUUAAAGCCAGUUGAAAAGGUAUUAGUUUGUGGAGAUAUCGGUAUGGGUGGCAUGAGGGAAUGGCUGGAUAUUGUAGACAUUUUGAGAAGAAGAAUUAAUUCUAUCAAUUACGUCAGUGAUGGGAAGAGAACCAUAGCCGAAAAUGAUGAAGACGAGAGAGAGUCCGAUGACGGUGAAGAGAUUGAUGAUGAUGAUGAUGAUGAUGAUGAUGAUGAUGAUGAUGAUGACGAUGACGAUGACGAUGACGACGAUGAUGAUGAUAAUGAGAAUGAAAACGAAGAUGUUGAUGAUGGAGAUAAAGGUAAUGGAGAUGGAGCUAAUGUUCGGUCUACUCAGCUAAAGGGUACCUCAAAUGUAGAAAGGGUCUCUAAAGAGAAUGAUGAUAUGAUCUUCGAAAUACAGGAUAAUGAUGCAAAAGAAGCUGAGCAAGAUACGGAUGAAAAAUCAUCAAGUAACAACUAUUAUAUUCGUACUGAUAAAAUCCCUGUGGAGACGCAAAAUAUUGUAUAG